AUGGGGAUAAAACGACAAACUGCUCCUGUCCCUCCCAAACCGGCAGACUGGGCCUAUGAGGCUUCAUUUAAUUGGGGUCGCAUCAACCCGAACUACAGUCUUUGCCAGACAGGCACUCAACAGUCACCAAUCGCGCUGUCAUUCAGCCACGGCCUUGCUCUAAGCCACGUCCUAAAGUUCAACUACCCAAACAAGACCGCUGGCAAUUUCUACAACUGGAACUACGGGCCGGCGUUCACCGUCACGCACCCUGAAGGUGUCUACACGAACAACCCAUCCUUUACUUACGAUGACAUGACGCUCUACCUGAAAGGCUGGCACAUCCACUCACCAGCAGACCACACCGUCAACGGCAUGCGGUCCAAGGCUGAGUUGCACCUCGUACACGUGGACGAGGAGGGCCAUGAGAAGGCUGUGCUGGCUAUCCGCCUUGAUCCGGGCAACGCCAACAGCACCUUCUUCAACCAGUUUCCCAAAAUGAUUGGUUUCAACGACGUGGGCAUGCAGCAGGAGAUUGCAAUCGACCACAUGCCCGCUCUGGAAAGCGUCCUCCUCUUCAACGAGUUCUGGACCUAUCAAGGCAGCCUGACGAGCCCGCCUUGCCACGAGGGGAUCCGCUGGUUUGUGUCUCGUCAGGUCAUGUUCACUGGUGUCGAGCAAAUGCGUGAUAUUUUGGGCGCAAGCACGUACAGCGCGAGAGCUGAGCAGGAAGUCUGGCAGCAUCGCAUCAAUGAUUAG